CGCAUUUCUGUGCGCGCGCAAUGCCACAGCUACAGCAGCAGCAGCCACCAGGACCACAGACGCGAUGACAUCGCCAGCGUCGUCGACGACCGCGCCCGCGCACACCCAAACCCACGCACACGCAUCGGCAUCGCGCCCCACGCGCCCGCGCUCCCCGCGCUUCCCGCCGCACAACGCGCCGCGCGUGUGGUUCCUGACGAACGGGACGUCGCCGAUCAGCAUUGCGCUGGCGGAGCAGGCGCUCGACCACGGCGACUACGUCGUCGCGGGGGUGCUGCCGGCCGAGUUUGAGCGCGAGACGGGCCGCAGCGACGAGUUCCGCGGCUUUCUGGACAAGAUUGGGCGCGGCGAGGGGGAGCGCGAGCGCUGGAAGGAGCGGCUGCGCGUCGUGGCCCUUGAUGGGAGGAUUAUAGGACAGUGCCAGGCGGCGGUUGCGGAGGCUGUCGAGGCUUUUGGCCGCAUCGACGUGCUGCUCGGCUGCUCGAGUGAGACCGUCAUCGGCACAAUCGAAGAACUGGCCCAAUCCCCCCGUACCCUCAGUCUCGCGCGCGACCAAUUCGAAACCAACUUCUUCAGCAACGUCAACAUAAUCAAAGCGGCGCUGCCGAGCAUGCGCGCCAAAAAGAACGGGCACAUCAUCAUGCUGACGGGCACAACGGGGCACCUGGGCACGCCGGGCCUAGGCCUCUACUGCGCGUCGCAAUGGGCCAUCGAGGGCUACUGCGACAGCCUGGCGUACGAGAUCGCGCCCUUCAACAUCAAGAUGACCAUCGUGCAGCCCAACGUCGAGGUCAACGUCCUCACGAACCGCAUUACCUCGGCCCCGCCCCUCCCAGAGUACGCGCCCGACGUCAACCCCGCCCCCCUCGCCCGCGACCUCUUCUCCGCCCUCCUCGACAAAAUAGACCUCCGCUCCGCUGUCCCUGCCGAAGCCGCGGAGUCUGCCUCCCCGCCUCCCUCCUCCUCCCCCCCUCCGGGGGUCGACGCCCCUGCCCCUGCCCUCUCGCCCGGCGACCUCCUCUCCCGCCCCCAAAUCACAUCGCUAUACCCGCAGCUGGACGCAGACAUCCGCGCGCGCCUGAUCGCUGAAACAGUGCACGCGCUCACGGCCAUCGGCGGGCACGACAACCCGCCUGCGCGCCACAUAGUGGGGUUUGAGGGCGUGGCGAGCGUCAAGGAGAAGCUGAAGACUGUGAGUGAAGAGCUCGAGGACUUUACUGAGGUUAGUGGUGCGGUCGAUAUUGUUAAGGUGGGUGCUGAGGCGGGGGGGAGUGUGGCUGGGACGCCGGGGGAGGGUGGGGGGAUGUAG